UGAGCUUAGUUCCACAGCGCCAGUUCCUAGGCGGGCGCGCACCGAGUCGUCGAGCUAUUUCUACUUUUACCCGCCUUUCGCAAAACCGUUCGUUUACGCACUUUUAGCAGCGCUGUUUUCGUUUACCCACAAGCUUCGAUGUACAUUAUUCUAAAAAAAAUAUUUUUGGAUGUAACAGAGAGCUGUGUUUGUCGUAAAAUCCUACGAGGACGUUCAAACGGAAGGCGCGAGCCGGUUUGAAGGGUGUCAACAACGCGCGCUUUCAUUUUCAUUUAUUCUCCGACAGGUACUUACAAAAACACGCCGCUUCACUUUUAAAAUCGAAAGGGGAAUUAUCGUACUUGCGUUUUGUUGGUAAUAACCCGUGUUUGUGUAAAGAUCAAGCAUGGCGCAAUUUCACGAGGAUCCGGCGCUGCUCACUAAAGAGAAGCUGAAGAGCGAGUUACUGGCGAAUAACGUGCCUCUGCCGAGCGCAGACAGCAAGAAAGACGUGUAUGUUCAGCUGUACCUGAAGAACCUGACGGUGCUCAACAAGAAGAACACCUCUGCUCCCGCUCCGGACACUUUCUCCAGCGACGAGGAGAUGACAGCGCCGCUGCUGUCCGGCAGGAGCCGCUCGGGGAAGAAAGCCACAAGAAAGACAGACAGAGUUCGGCCAGUGGAGAACGACAUCUCUGGUUUGACUGAUGAGGAGCUGAAGGGUCAGCUCAUGAAGUAUGGAGUCCUUUCAGGACCAAUUGUUGCCUCUACACGUAAGGUGUAUGAGAAGAAGCUCCAGCAGCUCCUGGAGCAGCCGCCGCUGGAGAGCAGCCUGCCUGAACCCGAGACCACCAUCCCGGAGGCCCUCACCAUCAAAGCAGGAGGAAACCAGAACGGCAACACACAUUCAGCCGAAGAGCAGUACAGCGACAAAGAAGAAGAAGUUGGUCCUGUACCAGAGCCGGUUCCCGUUGUGUCUAAGCCGGUCCGGAGCAGAGGAAAGACCCCAGUCACCGUCAGGACCAGCAGCAGACAGCGCACUAAACAGCAGGUGGAGGAGACGGCAACAGUCACUGAGGAAACUGUGGAUGGAGGAGAUAUUUUAAAGGAAAUCUUCCCCAACGAACCUGCAACACCAACCGGAAUAACGGUCACAUGUCGGAAGCCGAUCCGCGGUGCAGCUGGCCGUCCGGUGAAGCCACUGAGCCUCUGGUCCGAGGAGUCCCUCCAGCAGCAGAACACUUACACAGUGACCAAAUCCUCCGUCACAGACGUUCGCAGCGCAACGCCGGCCGCCCGUCCCAGACCCCGCCGCUGGUUCGCUUUCUGGUUGAAGCUUCUGGUGUUCAUCGCACUGGCUGCGUCUCUGUAUUACGCCUUCCAAUACGUCACCACCGAUCAGAUCAACGCCUGCCAGCUCUAUGUCCAGGACAAUGUCAUCACGCCCAUCGUCAAUUACAUCAGAAGGGAAACCCCAGCCGAGGGCGGCGAUGACAAAUGAGCGGCCCGGUCCGUCAACCAGCUUCAGCAUGCAUCUACUGUUAGACUGAUUUUCUAGUGCUUUACGGAGCGACGCGUCGGCAGGGUUUCGGGGAGGGAGGGAUUCUGGUUAUUGCAGUUUGACCUAGCAGUCACAUCUGAAUAGACUCGUGUUUCAAGUAGUCUUUAACUCUGUGUGUUUUGAUCUUGCUUUGUGAUUAUACGGUUUUGUAGCAUUCGAGACGACGUAGAGAAGUGUAGUAGUGAGUGACUGGCUGAUAGUGAAUCAUUCUCUGCUCAGUGGCAUCACAACGAGAGGUUACGUGCCAAGACAUGGCCAACACAAGCACAAUUUGGUUUCACACACAUCGGGGAUAGAAGGAAAAGCCUGAAGCUGAAUGUUAGCGCAAAUGGUUUAUUUGAUAGUUGAAACGUUUUCCUGAAUAAUCAUGAAGUUUUUAUUUUAGCACGGCUGAAUCUGACUUUAUGAAGUGUCCGUAAUGAGACCGGAGUGAGUUCUAGCGUAAUAGGGUGAAUCUCACUGAAAAUAUGUGGAUCAUUUUUCACCAUAAAAAAAAAAAGUGUGUGU